UUUUCCUUUUUCUUUUUCUAUUUCCUCUUCUUUAUUAUUAUUAUCAAACGAUUGAAUAGUAAAAAAAAAAAACAAUGUCUGGUUCUAAUCAACGCAUUAGUAUUUUCCCAACUCGAAUGGCAUUGACCACCAUGAAGCAAAAGUUAAAGGGAGCCCAAACCGGUCAUUCUCUAUUGAAGCGUAAGGCUGAAGCUCUUACCAAACGUUUCAGGACUAUUACUCAAAAGAUUGACGAGCUCAAACGUAAAAUGGGUCAAGUUAUGCAACAAGCUUCAUUUUCUCUAGCUGAAGUGCAAUAUAUCACUGGUGAUAUUAGUUAUCAAAUUCAAGAAGCCUCAAAGACCGCUCAAUUACGUGUUCGUGCCAAACAAGAAAAUGUAUCUGGUGUAAUGCUUCCUGUUUUUGAAAUGUAUUCUGAAGGAGGCAAUGCAUUUGAAUUCACUGGAUUGGGUCGUGGUGGUCAACAAAUCCAAAGAGCUAAAGAAGUAUAUGCCAAAGCUGUGGAAACAUUGAUAGAAUUGGCUAGUUUACAGACUGCAUUUGUAAUUCUUGAUGAAGUGAUCAAGGCCACUAAUCGUCGUGUCAAUGCUAUUGAACAUGUGAUUAUUCCUCGUUAUGAAAAUACCAUCAAAUAUAUCAUUUCUGAAUUGGAUGAACAAGACAGAGAAGAAUUCUUCAGAUUGAAGAAAGUACAAGGAAAGAAGAAGGAAAGAGCUGCUAUUGAAGAAGAUGAACGAUUGUUAGCCAAAGCUCAAGCUGAAGAAGGUGAUCAAGAAGCACCUAUUUUGCAAACAGCUCAUGAAAGUGGACAAAUUGAUAUACUGGAUCAUGAAGAAGAAGACAUUAUUUUUUAGAAAUUGAGUUUAUUCCUUCUAUAUGUAUAUUUGAAAUAAAAAACAAUGGAAAAAGAAAUUAUAG